CUUCUGACAUGUUCCAACAUCACAAAUACAUCCAAAAUACGAUAAGCUCGGCGGCGGCGGAGGUGGCAGAAUGUCGAAGCAAUGAACGGCCGCGGCGGAGAGAAACCGUAUGUUGAGAUGACGUCGCACAAAACAAUAUAAGUUGGAAGUGUUGGAAUAUGCAAACAUUGGAUGAAAAUCACACAGAACCAUAGCAAUACGUUGAACUCUAUUCCUCUUAUAUAAGAGACGAUAUCUUCUUUUUCCAGCAUACUCUACUUUCUCUUUCUUGGCAUCAAAUUGUAAAACAUGAUUUCGUUGAGCUAACAUGGGUUCCGGUGAUAAAUCUCCCUCAUGAUCUCCUUCAGAAGUAAAAAUAACGUGACUAGAAUAAGGAAAACUAUGCUCGCAACUAUUCGGAGAUUCAACUCAGUGGCCGAACAAUCUGCACGCCUAACCAAAUUCUCUCUUCAACCCCCAAAAUAUGUAGAAGUAGAAUUUGCCAAUGGUAGUGCAUUCAAAUUAUCUGCUGAAUUUCUCAGAAUAAAUAGCCCUGCAGUUGAUGGAAAAAUCAGAUCAAUUGGAGGUGAAAAGGUGAUAUCUGGAAGACGCCAUGUGGGAAUUAUGUCUGCAGAACCAGUAGGAAACUAUGGGGUAAGGCUCAAUUUUGAUGACUUACAUAAAACUGGUAUUUAUUCCUGGGAUUAUUUCUAUCAUCUAGGAAGCAACAAGUUUACCCUUAUGAGAAAUUACAUAAAAACACUGAAGAAAUACGGGCUUAGUCGAGAUCCGCGAGGAAGAAAAUGAUGCAGACUUCUGUUUGACUUACCCGAAUCUAGUUUCAGAUGUGUUGGCAGUUUUCAUGCUAAUAGUCAUAUGUAGCUGCAAGAGUGGUCUAUAAAACUGCUCUACCAUAACAACCCUUAUAAUUCUCGUUCGUUGUGUUUGAGCAUAUUUCAGAACUUGUAUUACCCCAUAUGAAUCAGUCUCUGUAGUAUGAAAUCAAACUGGUUGUAGUAAGAUUCAAUCUUCAAAUUUUUAGUUACACAAAAUUCUUCAGAAUCACUCUCUGUAAUCAGAUUGGUUUUGUAAUAAAACUAGUAACAAACCCCAGCAUUCGCAUGGGUUCUGGUACGGGACGCGCAUUUGGCGCAGAUAUAUAUAUUUAAAUUAAGAAACAUAAUUUUGUAAAAUAAAAAUAAUUAACAUAAUAAACAUUAAUUUAUGUAUAAAAAAACAUGAACAAAUUGGAAAGCAUUGGAAUUAGAGAAAUAAAUCAUAUUAAUUCAAAUUGACAUAAAGAAAUAUUAGAAAAUAAUAUUGGUAUGAUUUAUUGAGCAAUUUAUUUUUAUAAUUAGUAUAAUUGGUUUUUAUAAAAUUUAUUAGAACAAAAAUAGGUUAAUAAUAUGGGCCUGAAUUAGAAGAAAGAAACAAUACGUGCAUAAAUUUGGGCCCAAAUAAACAAAUUAGAGCCGGUUGAUUCAUAACAUGAAGAAUGAUCUAAAAAAAUUCAGUUUAAUGUAGUAUUUAUUAAA